UGAACCGCAUAUUUAAAGCUUUUCUACACACUUUGAUGUUCAGUCAAAAGAAUUUCCCCUCAAUGGAUUAUUGUUUAUUGGAACGGUAACAUCAGCUGUGAAAACAGCUGUUUCCAUUUUAGCUGUUAUUUUGUGUUCUACACAACUAUCAAUUAACAGUCGUCAAUAAACAUUUUCAAGGUAUUUUUACCUUGUGAUGGCUGAUGAAGGGUUGAAGGAUUCUAAAGCUAAUGAUGGCCAGAUAGAUGAAGAUCGUUUAAAUGAAGAAGAUUACCAGGAACCGGAUUGUCGUAGUGAAAACAUAUCUGAAGAUAUCACAGAUACAGAGAUCGAGUGUUUGAAAAAGGAACUGCAAUCUGAGAUUUCAGAGUUGGAGUGGGAAUUCAAGCAAGCAAAAGAGUCACUAUACAAUGAACGUAUAAUGCAAGUAGAGAAUAAAUUAAAUCAAGCGAAAAUGGGUACUGCGCCUGAAUUUCUUCAUGUUUUAUCCUUGGUUGAAGAGACGUAUAAAAUUCGAUUACAGGUGGCAAAACAUAGAAUGCAAUUCGCUUUGGAAAUAACUAACAAAGAGUUGGAUAACGAGUUACAAAUCAUUCAGUGUGACGUUAAUGAGCGAUUAUUAGCAGCAGAAGAACAAAUUCGAUUAAGUCUUCAAGAGAGUUUAUGUAAACUUCAAUAUGAACGAGCUGCUCACCAAAGAAAAGCUUCUAAAGAUUCAGAAAAAGAAUAUACCAAGUCUUUUGAUCAAUAUGAUAAUUAUCUUCCUAGUCCAAAUCUUGAACCUCGAAAGAAACCAGUUACACUAUCCCCAUCUACUCCAAGACUUAUAUAUCAAAUACCUGACAAAGAUAUUCGUUCAGAUGUUGAAUUAAUUUUAGCAGCUGUAAAGAAACAUAAAUUAGCCUUUGCUAUGUCACAGCUCAAAAACGAAAAGAUAAAGUAAAUACCAACGCUUAUGUAAAGAUGUAAAUACUUUUUAUCUCUCAGUAUAUUUUUCUUUCUGUAAGUUAUGUAGUUUAUGAUGUGUGUGUAUAAUAAAAAAAGACUCAUAAUAAAAUGAACAAGUUUAUACAUCAAUUUUUUCCUUUUAUAAACAUUUACGGGUGACUACUGCUCACCAGUCAAUUGUUUAUGAAAACACCACAAAAUGAACAUUUGAUUUGAAUACUUUUGUUGUGAAUCUAUUUCAUUUUUUGUGUUGCUCGUCAGUC